AUUCUGUUGGUCAUGAUGGCGGACCGGAGGUGGAUGUAUCUUCAGAACUGGACUUGUGAUGAGUAUCUAGCAGGUCUGAGGUCAUUCAUUGUCGCAUCAGAGGUAGAUAUGUCAAUGCAGCAGAAAUCUGCCAUAUGUUGUCCAUGCAUUGAUUGUGAGAACAUGAGAAAGUUCUCAAGUUCAGUUGAUGUCCAUGCUCAUUUAAUCAUUCGAGGUUUCAUGCACGACUAUAAAUGUUGGAACAAGCAUGGAGAGGAAGGCUUCAAUGAUCGAGACUUGGCAGCCGAUCAUACGGGUCAAGGGAUCUCUAGCCAUCAACAAAGUGUGGGUCAGGAUGGUGAGGAAAGAUUUUCGGGCAGUCAAGAUGGUGAAGCACUCAAUGACAAUCAGACAACCGAGCAUGAUGUCAAUGAGGAUGACCUAGAUGAUAUUGGUGAUAAUUAUGUACAUGUAGCUAACCAGCUUGAGGAGAUGGUCCGUGAUGCCAUGGGGUAUGAUGGGUAUACCAAUACGGAAUUUGAGAAAUUGAAAAGGUUGGUGACAGAUAUGAAAACCCCUCUAUAUCCCGGUUGUAAAGAAAAGUACACAAAACUCUUCACAUGACUUAAGCUUCUUCAGCUGAAGGCUACCCAUUUCUAACAGAUCGAUGCUUCAAGGAUUUGUUAGAUCUGUUAAAGGACAUGCUACCGAAAUGUAAUGAGAUACCUGAGACCACCUACGAGGCCAAGAAGAAUAUUUGCCCUUUAGGAAUGGAGGUUGAAAAAAUACAUGCUUGUAAGAAUGAUUGCAUCUUGUUCCGUGGCGACAAUGCAAAUCUAACUGAAUGUCCCGAGUGUGGAACUCCUCGAUUCAAACGAAGAAAUGACGGGGGUGACAAGAAAAGGAGGCAUGGAGUUCCUCAGAAGGUCACAUGGUAUUUUCCAAUAAUACCUCGUUUGAAGUGGUUGUUUGCAUCAAGCAAGGAUGCACAACUGUUGUGUUGGCACAAGACACGGAAGAAAGAUGAUUAUUUAUGUCACCCAGCAGAUUCAGCAUAGUGGCACGUCAUUGAUCACACAUAUGUUGAGUUUGCAGAUGAUGAAAGGAAUCUUCGGUUCACACUAAGCACGGAUGGGAUGAACCCAUUUGGCCAGAUGAGUAGCUCGCAUAGUGUGUGGCCAGUGUUGCUAUCAAUCUACAAUCUUCCACCCUGGCUUUGUAACAAGAGGAAGUACAUGAUGAUGUCCAUUCUCAUCUCAGGCCCGCAACAACCUGGCAAUGAUAUCGAUGUGUAUUUGAGACCCCUUGUAGAUGAUCUGAAAACUUUGUGGUCACCAGGUGUUGAGGUCUACGAUGGGAACCGAAAAGCACCAUUCACACUAUAUGGCAUGCUAUUGUGCACUAUCACUGAUUUACCGGGUGGUUGUUCUGUGUCUGGUAAAGGGGAAAAAGAUUGCCCCCAUUACUUAGACGACACAGAGACAAUUUGGCUCAAUAACUCUAAGAAAAGGGUGUACCUAAGGAAUCGACGUUUUCUUCACCAGUCCCAUCCAUACCGAGGCAUGAACCAUCAAUUUGAUGGCACAAGGGAGAAAGCAUCUGCUCCAAGGCAUUUUAGUGGAGAAGUCUACAACCAGGUGAAGGAUCUCCCUGCAGCACAUGGGAAGGAAAGCACUAUCCUUGGAAAGCGAAAGCGUGAUACAAAUGAUCUAGAAAUCAGGUGGAAAAAGAAGUCAAUCCUAUGGGAGCUACCUUAUUGGAAAGUCUUAGCCAUCCGUCACUCAAUUGAUGCUAUGCAUGUGAAAAAAAAUGUUUGUGGUAGCUUACUUGCUACACUUAUGAACGUCAAGAAUAAAACCAAGGAUCAUGAGAAAGGACGAGCAGACUUGGAAGACAUGGGCAUAAGAUUUGAGCUUCAUAGAAAUGGUACUGGUAACAAUCUACCGGCAUCUGCCAUAAAUCUAACCAAGGAAGAGAAGCAGGAGUUAUGUGACUUCUUUCGUACUGUUAAUGUUCCUUUUGGCUAUUCAUCAAACAUCCGAAAACUUGUACAUCCGAAGGAGAACAAAUUUAUCCCCAUGAUGGCUCAUGACAGAGAUGUCAUGCUGACCACAAUGCUUGCUGUUGGUAUCAGGAACAUAUUGUCAGAAAAAGUACGAAUGGCUAUCAUGAGCCUAUGCUUCUUCUUUAAUGCAAUAUCUAAGAAGGUAAUUGAUGAGAAAUCACUUGAUGAUAUGGAAAAGAACUUGUUCGAGACGAUGUGUCUCCUUGAGGUGUAUUUCCCACCAUCAUUCUUUGAUGUAUCCGAACACCUCAUUCUUCACUUGGUUGAGGAGAUAAGGUACCGGGUACGGCCUCCAUUGGAUCCCAGCUCCGCCGUCAACAACCGCCGGAUCCCGCCUCCGUCAUCGUCCUCACCACCGGGUAUCGCCUCCACUGGAUCCUAGCUCCGCCGUCCACAACCGACGGAUCCUGCCUCCGUCCUCGUCCACACAACCAGGAAUAGAGGAAUUGUAUAGCAUUUUUGGGACUCAAUUGUGUGCAGCAAAAGGGGAGCUUGUUUAUCAUUUCCUGGCCUAACAAAAUGGAGUCUGAUGAGGAACAUGAAGAACAGCAGCCACCUACAACUACUCGUCGAGUCUGAAGACCAAGGACAAGAACAAGAUGGCCAGCUGAUAAGAUAACAGUCAUAGAAAUUGAUGGAGCUGGCAUGCCCAUAGUAAGGAGGCAACAAUUGAGGUUGAAGAGGGUUGCAGGUCUCAUUGCAAGAGAAAAGCUCUCCCUAGUUAUGCCAUCUUUUAAGUCCCUCAGCCAUCAAGAGAAGUGGAAAUUGUUUGAUAAGCAUGUCUUGCCGUAUUUGGAGUUUCCACCAGAGAUGAAGGCUUUGGGGUUUAAACAAGUCAUGAAAACAACAGCCAGGGCUUGGACGACGCACAAAAGCAACCUUGUGUGUAAAUUUGUUGCAAAAGGACUGCAGCCAUUCGAUAAGCACCCGUAUAUAGAGCCAGAAGACUGGAAUGAGUUUGCGCAAUGGAAGCUAUCUGAGGAGUCCAUAGAAGACAGUGAAAGGUACAAGAGGCUUCGAGAAAAGAACGUGCAUGACCACAACAUGGGUCCAGCUGGGUAUGAUGGGAAAAUUGCACAAUGGGAGGCAGAGGAUAGUCUAUUAACUAGUGAAGGAAUUGAGAAUCCAUGGCAGCAGUACCCUGAUGAUCGGUGCAGGAAUUUUUUACGAGGAAGGAGUAAACUUGAAGUGGUAGAUGGUGUUGCUCAGAUUAGGUGGUCAAAACGUGCCACUAAGAAAGUGUCAGAAGAUAUUAAAGAGAAGUAUGCAUCUGCCAAAUCUUCAGGGGUUUCUUGGGUUAGAGAAAAUGACUUGCUAACUGCAUGUUUGGGCCCCGAACAACCAGGUUGUGUGCGUGGUGUGUCCAGCUACAGGGGCUGGAAGCAUGCAUGGCCAGAAUUCGCUAAUCUAUACAAGAAGAGGAGAAGAAUAAUUUCAGAUGAUGAGUUGGUAGCUAUUAAGAAUGAGCUCAAGGUUGAAGUGGCACGUGAUAUCAUAUCAUUCUUUGAAUCUCAAGGAUUCCAACUAAAACAAAUAUCUAGGAACCCAAGCCCUGCAUCUGGACGAAAAUGCAGCAAAUGAUCCACUGCAGGCUCAGAUGGAGUUGGAGUAUGAUGUGGAUAAGGAACAGAGGGAGUUUGAUAACAAUGUAGAUGAAGAUCGUAUCCCAAGUCCUCUCGUUGAUUCUAUUGAUAAGCUGACUGAGCCUACAUCUUGUUCUCUCAUUACUUACAUUGGAGGUCAUCGAAUUGAAGUUGCUUGGGGCCAGGUAUAUCCGCAGCAAACUGUACUACAUACAGUCCCUAUUCUCGAUGGGUAUGCAGUGGUCAAAGUUGAGUUUGUGCACCCUAAGUUUGUGACCAUGUGCUUCAGCCCCUGCCAAAUGAUGAGACUAUAACACUUGGUCAAGCUGUCAAUAAAAGAAUUCAGUGGAGGACUGGUGUUAUAUUGAUACAUGUGGCAAUGGAUGGUCGACCUUCUCAAAGUGUGUCACAACCCAAGGCUCCAGAAGCACACAAGGGCAUAUCUGAUGUUGCUGUUGUAAAAGACUGCUCCUGUGUGCAGGAACCGGCUCACUGAAUCUGCCGGUGCUACCUCAACCAGGUCAAUAAAGGACGAUGCUCAGAGUGUGAAGAAUCCACAAAACCUUGCUGCAGCAGUAGGUGCUUUCUUUAAGAGGACUGCUACGGAGAGUUCACAAAAGAAAAAGGCACACCCACAGAAGAAUGAUAACCAACCCACUAAAAACUCAGAAAAGGUUGCAUGUGAGUAUGUGACAGAUUAGAGAAGAAAAAUCAGCCAAGAGAUGUUGCUGUCAAGGAACUUAGUCAUCCUAAGGAAACAACGGUACCAUGGACCAUGCCAAAUCCAAAUUUUAUACGUGGGCAGCCAAUGCUAACAGCUGCUAUACUUGAGAGUGUGGGUCCUGCGACAGCUGCUCUCCAUGAGUACUACAUGAAAAUUCCAUCGGCAAAGCUCAAGAAUGGGAUACCGAUUUUGUUUAAGCGUAACCAUUUUUUUCGUUCUGUAAACCCAGAGGUCUUCAAUGUUGGUUUUGGUGACAUAUAUGAACUUCUAAACUUUGAUGCACUUGAUGUCUCGAUUCUUCGCUGUUACACAUUGUUGAUGCUUAUGGAAACCAAGGAGAAAGGUUUGCCUGUUGGUUUUCUAGAUCCUGAGGUGAUGACAUUAUCCGCCAUAAGGGCUGACAAGUCCUACGUGGUGGAUUAUGUAAGGAAGGCGUUCCGAAGCUUUGUGAAGAAGGAGUUCAUUAUGUUUGCGCAUAAUCCAGGUGAUCAUUGGCUUCUAGUCGUACUUAUUCCAAAGUGGGGAAAGGUGUUGUAUUUUGAUUCUCAGAGGACCAGACCGUGAGAUCAUACCUUGCUCAAAGAUGUCUUGGAUGAGGCCAUUUUAACAUACUCCAGAACAUACAAGAUGGACACGAGCAAGUUCAUUCAUGUGACAAUUUCCAUGCCAUCAACAACGUCCUGGUAACGAAUGUGGUUUCCACACAGCCCACCAUAUGAUCUUAGCACUUGGAUUAAUAGAUGUUACCCGACUUGAGGAUUUCAAGGUGAUGGUGAAUCCUCUUGGAGAAGAUGCGUUGGACAAUAUUCGAGAAAAGCUCUCUUCUUUUUUGUUGGCUCAAGUGAUCGAUAAAAAAGGAGAGUUCCACUACCAAAACCCAAGGAUUCGAAGCUGAUAGUUGAUAUCUCUACUAUUUAUGUUCGUGUACUGUGAUGCUUUUAUUCCUGUGAUUGAUGUUCCACACUUUGCUUACGUUUCUGAAUUACAAACCUAGGAUGUGUUGUGUUCCGGAUUUGCAAACCUAUGAAAUUGAUGUUAAAUGAAUCAUGUUCCUACUUGUGAUGUGUCUGAUGUUAAAUGAAUUAUAUUU